UUCAACUUCUUCCUAAUGGCAAAUGAGCAUUAUUAAAGUUCCAGCUGGAAACUUUAGAAGAGAAAAAACUCAUUUGUGUCACGAGUCUCAUCAAAUCUUCUACAUCAAGCUACAUCAUGUUAAACAAGAAAAUGCUACUGUUGAUACUUCAGAUAAGUCUCCUAGGAAUCUCUCUUGGUGGGAAUGUUCUGAUUUGGCCAAUGGAAGGUAGUCACUGGCUAAAUGUUAAGAUGAUUAUUGAUGAGCUUAUUAAAAAAGAGCAUAAUGUGACUGUCCUCGUUGCCUCUGGUGCACUUUUCAUCACACCGACCACUAACACAUCUCUGACAUUUGAAAUAUACAAGGUGGCUUUUGGAAAAGAAAGAAUAGAAGGAGUAAUUAAAGACUUUGUUUUGACAUGGAUGGAGUAUAGGCCAUCUCCUUCAACUAUUUGGAGAUUCUAUCACGAAAUAGCCAAAGUCAUUAAUGACUUCCACAUAGUGUCCAGAGAAAUCUGUGAUGGUGUGCUCCAAAAUUCAAAGCUGAUGGAAAAGCUGAAGAAAAGCAAAUAUGAUGUUCUAGUAUCAGAUCCAGUUUUUCCUUGUGGAGAUAUAGUAGCUUUAAAAUUAGGAAUUCCAUUUAUGUAUUCCUUGAGGUUUUCUCCAGCCUCAACAGUGGAAAAGCACUGCGGGAAGGUACCAUACCCUCCUUCCUAUGUUCCUGCUAUUUUGUCAGAACUCACCGACCAGAUGUCUUUCACUGACAGAAUAAGAAAUUUCAUCUCUUACCAUCUACAGGACCACAUGUUUAAUACCCUUUGGAAAUCUUGGGAUUCAUAUUAUAGUAAAGCUUUGGAUGGUAGCCAUUGGUUAAAUAUUAAGAUCAUUCUGGAAGAGUUAAUUCAAAGAAAUCACAACGUGACUGUACUGGCUUCAUCAACAACACUAUUCAUCAAAUCCAAUCUGGAUUUUCCUGUGAAUUUUGAGGUGAUACCCGUUUCCUACAAUCAAAACAAUAUAGAUGACUUGAUUGAACAUAUGAUAGCCCUGUGGAUAAACCAUAGGCCAACUCCUCUUACACUCUGGACAUUCUACAAAGAGCUAGGAAAACUCCUAGAUACUUUUUUCCAAAUUAAUAUACAAAUAUGUGAUGGAGUAUUAAGCAACCCCAAGUUAAUGGCAAGACUUCAGAGAGGUGAUUUUGAUGUGUUGGUAGCAGACCCAGUAACAAUCUGUGGGGACCUGGUUGCUCUAAAGUUAGGAAUCCCAUUUAUAUAUACAUUGAGAUUCUCUCCAGCCUCAACAGUGGAGAGAAACUGUGGGAAGAUCCCAGCACCUGUCUCCUAUGUACCUGCUGCCUUAUCAGAACUCACUGACCAGAUGACCUUUGGUGAAAGGGUUAAAAACAUACUAUCUUAUCAUCUGCAAGACUAUAUAUUUCAGUCCUACUGGGGAGAAUGGAAUUCAUACUACAGCAAAGUUAUAGGAAGACCUACUACAUUAUGUGAGAUAAUGGGGAAAGCAGAAAUUUGGCUAAUGCGAACAUACUGGGAUUUUGAAUUUCCUCGUCCAUAUUUACCUAAUUUUGAGUUUGUAGGAGGAUUGCAUUGUAAACCUGCAAAACCAUUACCUAAGGUUUUAUGGCGAUACAAAGGAAAGAAACCUGCUACAUUAGGAGCCAAUACCCGGCUCUAUGAUUGGAUACCCCAGAAUGAUCUUCUUGGUCAUCCCAAAGCAAAAGCUUUUAUCACUCAUGGGGGAACUAAUGGCAUCUAUGAAGCUAUUUAUCAUGGAGUUCCUAUGGUGGGAGUUCCCAUGUUUGCUGAUCAGCCCGAUAACAUUGCUCAUAUGAAAGCCAAAGGAGCUGCGGUGGAAGUGAACAUAAACACAAUGACAAGUGCAGAUUUGCUCAAUGCCUUGAGAACCGUCAUCAAUGUACCAUCUUACAAAGAGAACGCAAUGAGGUUAUCAAGGAUACAUCAUGAUCAACCUGUAAAGCCUCUGGAUCGAGCUGUCUUCUGGAUCGAGUUUGUCAUGCGUCACAAAGGGGCCAAGCACCUGCGUCCAGCCUCCCAUGACCUCACCUGGGUCCAGUACCACUCUCUGGAUGUGAUUGGGUUCCUGCUGGCCUGUGUGGCAACUGCUAUGUUCUUAGUCACAAAAUGUUGCUUAUUUUCUUGUCAGAAAUUUGGUAAAAAAGGAAAGAAAAAAAAGAGGGAGUAGAUCAUUAUCAAUUUGGUAUAUAUCUGAAUGGGAAA